AUGAAGAAUAAAAACACUCAAACAAAGUCAGUGUUGCCAAGCAUGAGCAGAGGUUCCCAGUAUAAACCCCCGAAGACGCACUGGAUCCCGGUGCCGCGAGAUGUUAGCCCACGAAGCCAAGGAACGAAAAUCUGCUCGCCGCGCAGCCUCAAUGUUCGCAACCCUGCCGUACCAAACUGCGAAAUCUCAAGCCGCUCUAACCCACGUAAUUUAAGCUCACAAAACCCGGAUUCGAAUCCAGGCACAUGUAAACAAAGCUCAAUCAGCCCCAGUAAACGUAAUCUCGCACCUGCCAACCUUGAGCGAGCCCUCGCCGAGCCGUCUCCGCCGCGACUAAACUGCCGGCUGAAGCGGCCGAAACGAACUGCCGCAGUGGAUCUUCCCUUGUUUCAGGAUGACCUAAUAGAUAUUAUAGGAGAAAGCAAUGAUAUGAGGCUAAGGUUGAUGCGUAGCAGCACUAGCAGCAGUCCUCAGAAGGAGGACCACCCUUCGUGCAUGAAUUUGUUUCGCAUCGACCGACAAGCAAAACCCGGUGGUCUGAACAAGAUACCUCCUUGGAAAUAA